ACUAUUUUUAUUGCGUAGUAAACUGUAGAAAAUAGGGUGACCCGGGGUCAUACUAAUAUAGGGGUGACCCUGGGUCCUACUUGUUGGUACUACGAAUUAUCCUUCUGCAUUGAAAGUAUCGCCCUCAUCGGGAUGUAUUGGAAGCAACUUCCGUUGUAUGAAAACACUAUUGUUUUGUACAUUUCAAGAAAAAUACAGGCUUUCAAAGAAAUUAAUACACCAGGGAUUCACAAAGUCGACGUUUAAUGCCUUACCUACCAGAAUAGUUCGUACAAUAUUGGAAUCUAACCAGUGAAUUUAGAAUAAUUAUUUUUCAUAUUUUUUUUUUAAACUGCAGUGAUCUAUAUAUAGUAUUAAAUGUGAUAUAAGGAAGAAUGUGUAAUCGAUUACUUACGUCAGUAUAAAGACGACAUGUCAGGAAGUAUCAAUUUGUUUUAUACUUCCAUCCAAUAGGAGUGCUUUAAACGAAAUUCAGCUGAGUUUCGUCUGGAAAAAAACGUGGAUUCAGCCAUAAAACCUGCGAAACAGACAUUGAGAAUAAAAUAUGAAUUAAAGUCGGAACAACUCGCUGGACUUCAUGCCUUCGUAGUAGCAACAUCUGGCUAUGGAAAAAGAAUCAUUUUUUUUUCAGCUGAUGCCAUUUCUUUCUGAUGACCCCAUCGCCAUCUUUAUGAAAAGUAGUUCGCGGGAAUUCCCAAUCCCACAAUGCCUGCAUGAAAGUGUUUGGUUUUCGUGGGCAAAAGAACUCUGACGGAAGUUUAACAUCAAUAUAUGAAUAACAAUACCCAUGCAAGAAAGAUAAUGGAGGCCAGUACUGGAGAAAUUCUUCCAUUGUCUUCAGCAUCACCCAGCCUCUAUUUCAUUCAGAUAGAAGUCAUUUCACUCAGAGAAUUCCUCCAUACUGUUACCAUAGAAGAACUUCGACAGCUUCUAAAGAUGUUCAAAACCAGAUGUUUGAUUUCCAAAGAGAUGUAUACUCGUCUAGAUCAAAUUCAUCGUCAAAGUGGAGAUAUGGACGAAAUGUUUACCUUGCUCAUCACACACCUGUCUGAAAGAUGUAUUUCAGGUUUACAAUACGUUUUCUUUGUAAUGUACAGUUCUGGUUACCAGAACCUGGCUUAUACACUUUACACCAUAUAUCAAAAUAUCCUGGAAAUGUUCAAAAGAAAACCACCUCAAGUGCAAAGAUUAGAUACACGGAACAGAAAAAAAAUUCAAAUUUAUUUCAAAUCUAUGAAGACAAAUCUUCAAAACAUGAUAUUCCUUGAUCCCGUUGAUUAUUUCAUGAAACGAUCGAUAGAAUUUAGACAAAAGAUAUACACUACUGUGCCUUCCUCAGAAGACACAAUUCUUCAAGAAUUUUGUGAUAAAUAUGUUGUAGCCUUAGCGUUCACUAUUGAUACAAUGGCAAAUAAAACUAACCAUAUUGAUCCUAACCACAAACUCUUCCGGGAUAUGGAGUCCAUUAUCUCUUUUACGUCAUGCCCAGACCUAUCUCGCUGUAUCUUAUAUGGCAGAAGAGCCGUGGUUUUGUCGUUUGCGAACAAAAAAGGAGAGGGAGAAGGGCUCUUAAGAGAAGGUCUUAUUUGCGCACAGAGAGUUUCCAGUUGUUUAGAGAUCGUUGACCUACACUAUAAAAGUGUUCUCUUUCUCAGGGCAUGGUUUGAACACUUUCCUCAAAUUAUACUGAAUCGUAUUUAUGGACACAUGCAAAGUGCAAUGCAAAUUUUAGAAAAUGAGCAAGAUGACGUGAGAAGAUUUUGGACGCAGAGGUUUAUCUUCCGUUUGCUUUGUUGCUUCUUAGGUUUGGGGAUGCGUUGUCGUUUUAUUGAAAAGUUUAACUGCCCUUUCAACAUACUACAAGAGGCCGAGAGAUUACUUAACAAGUAUGACACGCCGGAUGCUGAGUGUCGUCUGCAGAUGUAUUUUGCCAUUGCCAAAUCCCGAUUGUGGAAUUUGAAAGGUGACAAUGAUGCAGCCUUGGAAUAUAUUUCUCAGGCUAAAGAGAUCGCUUGCAGAGGCAACUUCAGUGAAUUAAAAACUAUUUCAGCUGCGGAGCAGGUUCUAUUCCUGUCUGACGUACAACCCUUAUUUGUUGAAACGGAGAACAAUAAUUUUACAGACAUCAUUAUCGCAGAGCCAAUCCAUCUUCCUCCAUCUUAUCAUCUUCCAUCAUCGUCAAACUUUAGCGAUCAUUCGUUAACGUUGACCUCUCGAUCAAUCUCUGAAAUAUCUAUCUCAGUGCAAGGUUCCAACAAAGAGGAAGAAAUUGGAAAUGAAAUCCACAUGCCAUCUGAGGAAGCUGCAAUAUCUCACGAUUUUUCUCGGGAGGUUGUUCACUUGAGGUCUGCCAAAAUAAAUCGUGAAACGAUAUAACUUUGAGUUGUAAUUUGCGGAUCGCCGAUUCUCAAAUAAACCCGGCCAAGGUGACGACGGUAACUAAGACGUAUUAUGCCCGGGAUUCGAUGUAAACAAUAUGGCGACCGUAUUGUCUUUGAAGGACAUACCAGAUGAUUGUUCUGAUUCGUUCUUUAACUAGACACCUUUCUUGCCUUAAAAACAAAGGGCCACAAGUUUUGUUAAAGAUUCGUAUGUGAAAUCCCUGAAUUUAUAUUCAAUUGGAGAUGAAAAUAUUCAAAUUCAAGCGCAUGUAUUCUGAAGCCACCGUAAGACUGAAGAACCACACAAAUUGAACUUGGACAUGAACGUUUCACUUCAGAAAUUUGACGAUGCUCACUGCAGCUGUAAGGCGGGGUAUGUACAUUCUGUUGGAGUAGGUCUAACUGUUUCAAAAAUUUCUGCUUUUGUUGAGUUUCAGUUUAUGUUUUGAUAAGUUAUUGCAGCUUCAUUAAAGUUAAACUGUUUAUUUUGUGAAAAUUGAUAUUUCGUUUCAGUUUGAUGCAUUUUAAUUUUGUGACCCGUUUAAAACAGGUUUAUCCAAGAUCAGGUUUGUGUUUUUACGUAAUAUUUAUAAUAGCAAAUAAUAAUAAUAAUCACUUUGUACUAUACAUAGAAUGUCCACUGAAUCUGAAUCUGCAUAUCAUCUCUAGCAAUAUUCAGUAUUGAGGACGAGAAUGUCCAAGGCAUAUUUAUUUUCAUUUUCAUUGAUGACUGUUCGUUAUCUCCAUCUUUCUUGAUUGAACGUGAUGUUUUUGUACUAGAGCUCGAUCCAACAUUGUACUUCGUCCUUUAAAUUAUACAUGUUCAAUGAAUUGAAUCAUCUAGAACGAUUUAGGUAUAUAUAAUAUUUCGAGUCAUUAUCAUUCCCGGCUACUCCCUGUUAUGUUUGUUUUAAGGACAAGUAGGAGAUGUAUAUAGAAUUGUUCCCUCCCACUUUUAUUCCCUCCUUUCAGUUGUACUUUUCAUUUUUUUCUUACAGUUUUUGUCGGCUUAGAUAUUAUCAAAAUUUCAUUUUUCUUUAUCUCGAAAUAAUUUUAAUUUUACUUGUUACACGCAGUUCGAUAGGUUCAUUUCACUUUAUCAACAUGCUUGAUAUCGUAUAAACAAUCUUGCCCUUUAGUCCCGCUAUAUGACGUCAGAGGAAGGACAUCACAAUACGUUUGGUCGUUCAGUUUCCAUUUUGUUGCUACGGCGAUAUUGGUCCGCGUCAUAUAAAAUUGAUAUUUUCUUUAGAAUUAUCCACCAAAUAAUAUCAAACAUUGUUUACUAAAUUAAAUUAUAAAGAAUUUUUAUUUGUUUUAUACAAUAUAAAGUAAGUUUGGACAGUUUACGCAAUUUUAUAAACCACUUCACGGUUGAUAAUGCGUAAACUGCCCCAACUUACUUUAUAUCAUAUAAAACAAAUAAAAAUUACUUCCAUUCCUUAAUCAAUAAUGACAUGAGGUUUGUCAACAAACAAAGAGCUUACCAUAUUUGGUCAAUAAUGCGAUGCGAGACUUACUAUACGUGAGAAUAUUAUGAACUGCUUAAUACGAGUAAUGGUGCAUGACACGUUCAAUAUGGACACGAUGUUUAACAAUUUUCACAGUUUCUGUCACAUCGGAAGCUUUAAUCUGUGCUGAACAGGAUGCAAGGGGUGGAAUAUUCAAUCUAAAUCCAUUAACUUCUCUUUCCGUUUCUCUGUGGAAACCGUUGGCUGUCAUGAUCCUAUCACCAUUCUGUAGUUUUCCACACUGAGUGAGAUCUGAUAACAAUUUAAGGAAACCUUAUGUUUAUGUAAAGUCUUUAUUCGAUAUAGAACCAUAGAAAAGCAUUGAGGAAAAUAUCACAGCACUCCGUCAAUCAACACCAACCAAUCCUUUUAAAUAUGUGCUGGAUUUGUAACCAGAGUAGCACUGGCUUAGUCUAUGAAGCGAACUAAGUUUCUGUAUUUUCAGUUCUGCAUAGUCAACUUUAACAGAAGUAUUUGGAAAAUUGUUUUUGUAAUUUUCCGGCAUAUGUUCAAUCACUAGUAUGGUGUCACGAUGUGACCAAAUAAAUAAACUAAGAAGUCGUAAAAAUGUACAGUUUAUCCAGUGAUCAAACAUUGCACUAGAGUCUUGUGGUGAUAGAUCGUUAGCUUAUCCCUGUUCGUUAUCUUCACCUUUCAUGGAAUAAAUACCAGUUGUGCUGAAAGUUAACAUGCAACAGCUUUUUUCACUCUUCUGUUAAUACUCUGUUUUCGCCAACAAUGGCCAAAAGGUUGAGUUGAAAGGCACCGGUAAGACAUGUAUAAAGCGUAGCACUUUUUGUACAGUAGAGCUGACUCAUAUUACAUUAAUGGAAGGAUGAGAGUUUAAUUGAUAUACUGGAUUCUGAUCGCCUAAUGAACAUCAUAGGACAAGUUAAAAUAAACCGUCAUCUAUCAUGACUCAUAUCAUGUGAUCUAGAAACUAAUUAAGAACAUUUUCAACAUUUUGUCAUUAUUCUAUUUAGGCGCCACUGGUACCACCAAUUACAGAGUCUCGUUGAGCAAAUAGUUGUGCAGUCACUGCAUUUUCCAAAGCCCUACCUGUACAUGACCUUGCAGAUAUUGAACAUCUAAAACAAGAGUGGAGUGGAAAAGUCGACACGAGGACAGAGUGUAUAUCAAAAGUGGCAUAAUGAACGAAGAAAAAUAGCUGUCUCUAACUUUAGACAUAUAAUGAAAAGGAAAAAGGAUGUCAAUGAAAAGUUCUGAGAAAACAAAUUCACCUUAUGUUCUACAUUUUAUGGAAAAGCUAACGAAAUUGUUGCAAAGCAAAUGUACCUAAAACGACAGGAAUUCACCUUCAUGAUGUAGGUUUCAUUGUUAUUCCUGAUUUGUCGUUUUUAGGUGCAACACCUGAUGGCAUUAUGUGUGAAAACUAUUAUACAGGUACAAUUGAAAUCACGUGUCCUAUUCUGUUCGAGAUCCUCUCUGCGAUUUUUGUGUAGAAUGCAUUGACACCAACACCCCAAAAACACAUCUACUAUUAAUAUCUUGAUCCAGAAAUCAUAUUUGUUUUAUGUUCAACAUUUUAAACCAUUAGUGCAUGACUACCGAAUGAGGUAAUUUAUCAUGGAUACUGUGAAGUCAUUUGAAUUUCCAUGGAUUGCUAAGACUUUGUUUUCAAUUUUGUUGGACUGUAAUUUUGUAAAUAUGAUUCCUGUAUAAUGAAACAUCAAAAAAAAAAAUUGUAUUUCGUUGUGGUUUGAAUUUUGUGGGAUGGAGAUUCACGAAAGUUCAGUGCCCACGAAAUUUAAUGAAUCCACAGUACAUGUACAAUAUACCACAAAGACAGGGUCAUGAAAUAGAAAAUUGUUUUGAAUACAAUCUAGUACAUGAAUGCAAGGUGAAGAUAACGAACAUUGAUCAAUCUCAUAACUCCUACAAGCAAUACAAAAUAGAUAGUUGGACAAACACGGACCCCUGGACACACCAGAGGUGGGAUCAGGUGCCUAGGAGGAAUGAAUAUCGUUUUGUGUGCACCAUUAUGUAAAUUGUAGAUUUAUGUAAAUCUGAUCAAAAUCAACUCUCAGUCUGCUUUUUUGUUUUUAUAUUGCCGCUACACGAGUCUUGGUGACAAUAUAAAAACAAAGGAGCGGAUCAAGGAGUUAUUUUUAUCAGAUGCAUAUGUAUUAUCAGUUGGUCAGAUAUAUCAUAAAGAACAUGAAAUAAUUAGUAAAUUGUUAACUUACCUGUA